AUGAAGCAAGUCGCUGUUGCCGCUAUCGGAGCUGCGGCGUUGUCAGCGGCGGGAUGCAUGGCGGCACCAACACCGAUGGACAUCAGCAACUGCGCCGAGCUGCAGGCGGCUGCUGAAGCGACCGCUACCGUGGGCAACGUCUUGGGGCAGCUUGUCGAGGAGGAGAUCUUUUGCGACGAAUGGCUCAGCGUGGAAAUUCCCGAGAACAAGCUGAAGCUGGACGGCGACGAUGGGGUCACGUACAAGUUCGACAAAGUCCGUUUCGUGGUCAAAAGCGGAGCGAUUCUUCGCGUGGACGUGCCCGUGGAGUUCACGGGCGACCGCACGCAGGUGGUCCACGGCGGCGUGCUGAACGUUGAGGAAGGCGGCAAGGCCCGCUUCCUCUCCUCGGUGUCGAUGGACGGCAUCGGCGUAGACACCGUAGACCUCGCGGACAUGAAGCACGGGGGAUGCGUUUACAACCAGGGCUACGUGCGAUUCGAGGGCGAGUUCUACGCCAACGGCUGCGAGACCGUCUCGACCAUUGAAGAAUACCGCGUGGCCAUGGCCGGCAACGGUGCGGGAAUCUGGAACGGGAAGGACGCCAAGGUGGUGUUCAAGGAAGCGGUCGAGAUGGACUUCUGCGGAAACUGGCCGUGGACUUCCAACGGCGCCGAGCCGGGGUCGGACGGAGGGGCCAUUUACUCAGACGGCGAGGUUUCCUUCUUCGAAGACGCUCUUUUCACGAACAACGAGGCAGACGAGGGAGGGGCGCUGUGGAUCGGCGUCACGGGCGUGGUCAAGUUCCUGAAAUCAGCCAAGGCCACCUUCCAGUCGAACUCCGGUCCCGGCAACGGCGGCACGAUCAACAAUUACGGCGUGCUCGUGAUGAGGAACACCGCCUCCUUCAACCAGGGCCGGUCGACCGACGGCAGCGGCGGAUGCAUUUCGUGCGGCCCCGCCUCGGAGAUGGUGUUCGUCAAGAACGUGCUCUUCGACGGCUGCCAAUCGACGGAGCACGGCGCAGCGAUCUACAUUGACUACGACAACGUUGAGUUCCUCCCGGAGGACGCGACCUACACCGACAACUUCAUCGUCAACAACUCGGAUGGUUUUUACAAGUGCGAGGAUGUCUACGUGGUUGGAGACGGCAGCGGCGAUGAGGACGCCUACAUGUGCCUUCCCUGAUGAGCCGGUGGCUUGGAUGGUCAAAGCGGCAAACUAUAGUAGCUAAUAAUACCAGGUUGUUCGACUUCUUUAUUUAAAGAUUUGUCCGACGGAUUUCCGUCAACAAUCCGCAGCAGCAGCAAUUAAUUGAGUUAUUAUUAUAGCUUCGCACCGGGGACUGCAAUUAAUUGCUUGCCGAAGUGCUGCGUUGAAUCCAUCCCAUGGGAAGGUGUACCCUCCUCUGGGCGGUUAGCCUGUGACCACGGCAGGCGUCCGCGUCAGUUGUACUGUUAUAGUACGGACAUUAGAAGGUACUGAGCGGAGACAGACCGGGACGGUUUUAGUGCGAAGACAACACAAACGGCAACUAACAAUGGACGAGGGACUGUGCGUAUCCCGCAAGAGGCCAGCGAUUUCGCUUCCUGCGGCCGACGACUUUUUUUUCUCCGGUCGACGUGCUCGUACCCCGGGGUACGCCAUAUACUGUAAAUUACGUCGAAGUAUUUUUUUUUGUUCCUUUUUUUUUGUGUUUUGUUUUUUUUGUGCAAUCCUCCGCAGGAGGAUGGACCCCCAUCUAUCUAUCUCCCCAGCCUUUGAGGCCGCGUACAGAAGUAGGUGCAUGCGCCCCCCUUCCCCCCUAGGUGUAAGAAAAUGACGAACGAAGGAGACGCAUUUACGUUGGCAUGGGGUUCGGUGGUUGGUUGUGUUCCUUUCUUUUCAGGUGGGUUGGGUGGCAUCGGUUUUCGUUGCUGUGAGCGCUCUCACAACUGGAGAAAGAACCCCUGGCGGAGCAGGAUUGGUGUGUGGCGCCAAGCUUCGGCGGGGGGGGGGUGUUUGGUGUCGGGUGUCGUUGCUGAU